UUCACUUCACUUAGAAAUAUAUACAUAACACAUACACCCUUUAUUCGAUCGACAAAAUUUCCUUUUCGGCAGCAUAGAUAAAAACUGUUGUAAAUUAACGUAUCUGUACCGUGUUCUUCUGUAGGGUUAUUGGUCUGCCAAUUUCCCGCUUUUCCUCCAGACCGAAUCAAUCGUAUCACAAGUCAACCGCAGAGAAGCCCAAAAAAAAAAGCCGAUACCAUAAAACGAAAGAAUAAAGAAGGAAGCCAUCAUAAAGCCCCGAGCCGAAAUUAACAAAGCGCCGUCCAGUUGAACACAAGAUCACCCAAAAAAAUAUCUCGUCGAAUCACCACGCUUCUGAGAAACAAUAAAUUGUACAAUUUAAAACUGGCAGAGGACGAGCAAUGGAGGAUUUGCAUUUGAAACUCGGCGAGUUGCCCCAAAGCACGCUGGCCGCGUGUCACAGCUUAUUAUUGGGAGCCCAGCAGCCGCACCACCACCACCACCUGAACCACCUUCAGUUGAACCAGCAGCUCAGCCAGUUGAACCAACUGAGCCAACUGACCCAGCUGCACCACCGCCUGCAGCAGCAGCUGAAUCUCUCCUCGGGACUGAAUCUCAAUCUGGGGUUUGUGCCGAAGUUGGCGGCGGGUGGCAGCCAUCAGAUGCAGCACCUGUCCCACCGCAUGCAAAUGGGACUGGGACUGGAUCUGGAUUUGGAUCUGUCGAUGAACCUGGACCUCAAUCUGAAUCUGGAGGGCAGCAGCAGCAAUGCCAGCAAUGCGAGCAGCGCGUCCAAGGUCAACGAACUGCGGCAAGGACAUGGAUCUGGAAUGGGAUCUGGGUUGAAUGGGCUCAAGGGAGCCCAGCCCCAAGUCCACUAUGCCCAUGACCCUGCCCAGGAUAAUGGUGACUCGCUGAGCGUCAGGGGUCGCUGUGGCAGCCCCAAGAACAAGGAAUCGGAGGCCAAAACUGAGGGGGACUCGCUCGCCGCGUCGAACGACAACGACAAAUCCUUGCCGGGAGGAAGCGACAAGGAGAUCGCUGUCAAGCUUUCGGCUUCCACUCUACUAAAGGCGGCCAACUCGAAGCUGAAUGCCUUUGCCACGCCCUACACGAUGCGCAGCAAGGGCCAGAUCCUCGACAGUGAGGCACCCGUGUCGAAGUCCAGUCACUCCGAGGAUUUCCGUGUGAAUGCUAGAGCUGCCGAGUUCAAGCCGUCGUUGCUGAGUGUCGGUGGUUUACUGAAUCUGCCGGGGGUGUGCGAAACCCUGCUUCCGGUGGCUUCGCAGCCGCUCCUGCCGACACCGUACCCACUCAACCACCUGCUGCUCGACCAGGCUCAUCAGUCGGUGCAGCGUUCUGGCGUUAAGCAAAACAGCCGCUGGCGAAAGCAGCCGCUGCCGGAUUUGUUGAGCGCCGUUCUGGAACUGGUGAAGGAACUGUCGCGAUCCGUCAGCUAUCCGGAGAUCAUCAACGUUCUGGCGUUGCGACUGCGUCGACCGGAGGUGGAAUUGAAGCGCCACAUGCCGCACAUACUGCACGACGCCGUGAUCAAUGGCUACCUGAAGAAGGAGGGCAAUCGGUAUACGCUCGUCUCCGAGGCGGAGCAGAAGGAGAUCAUGCGGCGCAACCAGGAGGCGGCCAAGCGGGCCAAGGAGCUGGAGAAGGAGCCGUUGUCCUGGCGCAAGCGCUAGUCCCUCUACAAACAGUUUUUAUUGGACAGGAUGCGGAUACCCGUGCAUCAACAUUCUACAUCCUGCAUUUGCAUUCCGCAUUCAGCAUUCAGCAAUCAGCAAUCCGCAUCCUGCAUCUGCAUCCUGCACUCGCACAAUUAUCACAUUUUGCAUCUUUGGCUUCAUAACCUUUUUAUAAUUGAGCUAAGCACAGCACUCGCGGCUGGAGGAGGAGCACUGUGGUCCUGUGAGCCUGUGAGUGACACGAAACCCGAGAGCCCCGAGUCCUGUGCCGCCUGCGACGAGCCCUGCAAUAAUAGUUUUACUUAACGUGAACGACCCGUGCCAUCUUCGAAUAUUGCGUGAACGAUACGUGAUCCGUGAUUCGAGUUCUGAGAUCCAUCGACCCAAUGGGGCCGGCCUUUUGCCGAGCUGCUGCCUUCAGAGGAUAUUUCGUUGCCUGCUGUUCCCUUUUGCGUUUCAAAACAAAAUGACACACGGAAUCGAGUGUUCCUGGUUAAGCGCUUUAUAUUUGCAUGCUAUUCGGGUAAAUAAAAUUGUAGUUAUUUCUUAA